UCUUGUGGGGUAGGUCACAGAUAUUCCGUGACCAACGCGUCAGUACUUCAAAAUAAAUAUUGUCUACUCCGAAAGUGUGCUUUAUCAAACAACACCUCUGACAAGUGCAUCCGCGCGAGUCAUCCGUUGAUUCGAGUCGGCAAAUCCUUUUCAGGAAGCGAUUUGAUCCGGAAGCGGAUUCUCGGGCGUGAGCGAUUUCUCGCAACGUAGCAACGUCUCCUUCCUUGAACGAUGUAAUGAUUACGCGCAAUACCGGAUCUUACGAUUAUUACGACGAGACAGAAAAUUGACAGUCACGGCUAGUGCAUCGGAAUUUUUAACGCAUCUUUUGGCUCCAUGGCGGAGAAAAUGUAUUACUGGGGCGAGGAGAAGGAUCAAGUCGACCCCGAUCAGACCUUCAUAGAGUUCAAAGCUAAAUCGGUAGGGACGGACAGGAGACGCGAGCCGUCCCGCACCGUGCCCAAGAUGACAGUAUCCUCGCCGCAGGGUAAAAUGACCGAAAUCAGUAAUAGGGAGGAAGAUGUCGAACGCGGCGGCUGGGACAAUAAACUCGACUUCCUGUUUUCUUGUAUAAGUGUCUCCGUCGGGCUCGGAAAUGUCUGGCGGUUUCCCUAUCUUUGCUAUAAAAACGGCGGUGGUGCUUUUCUGAUCACCUAUGGUAUCGCGAUGCUGUUUUGCGGAAUCCCUAUAUUUUUUCAAGAAGUCGCUAUUGGACAAUAUCUUGGAGCCGGUGGGAUGUCGCUAGUGGGACAAUUGUGUCCUCUUUUGCAAGGUGUGGGAUAUGCUACGAUGACUAUUGUAUUCUUCCUCGACAUAUAUUAUUGUAUAAUUAUUUCUUGGACACUUUUUUAUCUAAUAAGCACAUUCGUGAAUUUACCGAAAGUACCUUGGAGUGGCUGCGGAAAUUGGUGGAACACGGUUGAUUGCUUCGAUGCUACCAAAGAUAACAAAACCACGCAUGGACGAACAAACUGUUCUAAAAUAAUAUCUGCCGAAAAUAAUACGUGCCAUCAUACCACGCCGGUAGAAGAAUAUUGGGAUCAGCGAGUUCUUGGCAUCACAUCCGGUAUCGAAACUAUCGGCAAGAUCCAGUGGGAGCUGCUAGGCUGUCUGAUUGUCGGCUGGUUGCUCGUUUACUUUAUCAUCCGGCGCGGUCUACAUCAGAGCGGUAAGAUCAUCUGGUUUUCAGCCUUGUUCCCGUACGUGGUGCUUUUCAUUCUUUUGGGAAGAGCGGUGACGUUGGAGGGCUCGUACGAGGGUUUGCUUUACUACGUGACGCCGCGAUGGGAAGAAUUGCGCAAUCCCGGACCGUGGAUAGACGGUGCUACUCAAAUCUUCUUUGCGUACAGUAUCGGUACCGGUGCCCUGCCCGCCCUAGGCUCGUACAACAAGUUCCAUCACAAUUGUUAUAGAGACGCAAUAAUCACUUGCGUAGUCAAUACCCUGACGUGUCUUCUGGCCGGUUGCGUAACAUUUUCGAUACUGGGUCACAUCGCCUUGGAACAGCAAACGCAGGUGUCCGAGGUCGUCAAGAGCGGACCUGGUCUCGUGUUCCUCACGUAUCCCGAAGUCGUUCUGAAGCUACCCGGUGCUUCGUUGUGGGCCAUUAUAUUCUUCGUGAUGCUGCUUAUACUCGGCAUCGACAGUGAAUUUUGCAUCGUGGAAUCUUUCAUAACCGGUAUGGUUGACUACUGGCCGGAUACACUACGUCCUCACAGGAUUAAAUUCACUAUAGCUAUCUGUCUGAUAAUGUUCGCUCUGGGAGUUCCGAUGGUCACGAACGGUGGAAUUUAUAUUUUCCAACUCAUGGAUUUCUACUCCGCGAGCGGUAUGUCCAUAUUGUGGGUAUGUUUCUUCCAAACGAUCGCGAUAUCGUGGAUUUUCGGAGCAAAGAAAUUCUGCGACUGCGUACAUCAGAUGAUGGGAAUUCGUUUGAAUAAAUUCUGGUACAUAUGUUGGGUUUUAUUCGCGCCGGUGAUCAUGGUCUUCAUCUUUGUAUUUCAAAUCGUGCAAUAUAAGCCACUCAAAUAUGGCAGCAGCUACGAGUAUCCAACAUGGGCGGAAAUAGUGGGAGUAUGCUUGAGUCUUUCAUCUAUGAUAUGGAUACCAGGUUACGCGUUGUACUACGUAAUAAUGACGCCAGGAUCGUUUAAGGAGAAUAUCCAAAAAGGUCUGCAACCGAACAUAAAAUCGCAUGCAAAGUUACCGAAAGGCGAAAAGUCGGCCGUAAUACCCAUGUCGGAGAGCAGCGCAGGUUUAAUUACGAAAAAUAACAGUUUCCUCAGUCAAACAUGAUUAACGAUAGCGAUCACUAUUAAUUCAUAUAUUAGGUUACAUUAAUCGUAAAAAUAAUAUUUAUAGUGAGAUAAAUAAAGUAAAAAGAAUCCAGUACACGACUGGGCAUUCAGUAGUAAUUUGUGUCAAACUGGACGCGUGUCAAAUUAAUCGAUUUCACAUAGCAUGCUCAGUUAGUGCGAUCAUUAUAUUAUGAUUUAUUUAGUAUUAAAUCAAAUAUUUAUUUAAUAACGUAUUUCUGGUAAGAACGUCAAAGAUUCUUCUUGAUUCUUUAAUAGCUGAUCAAUUAUAACAUUUUAAUGUCGCAAUAGUCUUGAAUUAUUAUUUAAAAAGAAAUUGUUUUAAAGAAACUUUGUCCCAGGAUUAUGUAAUAUAUAAUAUGUUAUAUAAUUUUCUAUAUACAUAUAAAUUUAUAAAAAAUAUACUGAGAAAUAAUAUUUAAAGAAACGCAAGAAUAGCUUAUCUCAUUUGAGCUUGAGUUUAUUUAGGUUUAUUGUUAAUAAUAUCAGCUAUUAAAGUUUUAAGAAAGGGAAAUUUAGUUGACAAGAAUAUUAUUUGGGGAACGAAAUUAUAAAUGAUUCGUCUGUGUUGAUCAAGCUGAUAAAAUAAAUGAUAUAAAAGAGAGUAUUAGAAGCGUGGCGGAUUAAAAAAGAGUACUUAUAGAAAUAAUAAUAGUAUACCGCGCUAGAGAGAGUAUGUUUCAGAUACCUAUUUAUUGGGGAUGAAUUAAAAGAAGUAUAUUUUUAUAUCGCGAUUAUAUGUCGCGAUAAGUACAUGAAUUUUUAACAAAAAGAUUGUUUGGUUGAUGAUAUGACUAGGAACUUUAAAGGAACUGAAAGUUCUCGUAUUGAAGAAUGACAUGUGAGCUUUUGAGAUGAAUAGAAAUUUACAUUUCUUAUAUUCACUCAAAAUGCUGCAGUCCAUGAGUGUUCACGCAUUUAAAGUCUCCGCUUGGUGAAUGCAUUAAGAGAUUUGUUGCAACUCUACGAAAUAAAAUAAAAGCGUAGCGUAAAGAGAGUUAAUGACAGUUACUAAAUUCACAAUAUACUAAAGUACAAGUAAUAAAAUAAAAAUAAAAAUGUAAUAUAAUUUUGGUAUGUGUAUCUUGAAGUGACUCAAUGCAUUCACUAAGAAGAGACACGUUCAAUUCCAACUAGUUGCGAUAAUCAACUGGACCCUAGCAGGAUACAGAACGUUUCUAUCAUAAAGUUUUAGCAGUAUUGUAUACUCAACUUUGACAGCACAAAUAUUUGAAUUUUUUUGUUCACCUUUCACGUUAUGAUACGGUUAUAUAAUGAUAAUGAUGCAUUUAUUAUGACGUAACAUAGUAUUAUAAUAUUAUAUAUAAGUUCCAGUUAUUUAACUGCUUGAAACUCAAUUUUUUAUAAUACGAAAAAUUAAUUGCUCCAAUAACAACUUUUUGUUUUACACACAAUUUUGUUUAAAAUAUAUUCGAAAACUGAUUCAAACUUGCAAAUUAAUGUGUAACAAAGUAGUAUUCAGUGUCCGAGACACGUCUGACAGUAUUUUAGAAAAAGUUAAAGUUAAAUUUAAAAGAAAGAUAUGUAUGUUACAUAUAUAUACAUAUAUAAUUAUUGGAAAAAAAUCGAGACUAUUCGUUGAACGAUGUUAUCCAAUUUAAUCUUUUAUAUUCCAAAUAAGAUUUUAAUUCGUUCGAAUCAGUUGAAAUGAGCCAAAGAAUAUGGCGUAUUUUACUUGGAAAAAAAAUUAUGGGGAAUAUAAAACUGAUUUAUCUUAUUACUACCGCUAAUAUAAUAUAAUUAUCACUUUCUUUUAAUUUCUAUUAUUUCAAAUCUUUGUUUUCUUACUUAAAGAUAUUCUUAUAGGAGAGAUUUCUCAUUUGCUCGUAAUAUAAAAGCAAUAACAUACGAUACGAAGCUAUAUGCAUUUUCAACCGGCCUAAUUCAUUAAGAUAUGUUCUCUUAUUUAAUCCGUAUAGAGUAAUCGCGAGCGCUAUUCGUCGAAGUGUUACAAUUGUUGACGUUGUACAGUACUAAGGGAUAUGGCUACGAUAUUCGUUUCUAUUUUAGUACCAUACCAUUACGAUGAGAAGUACUUCCAAUAGUAAGCUAAAAAAUGAGCGAUAUUAUAAGCCAGUUGGAUCUGCGUUGAACAAU